GGGCCAAGCCAAACGCGGAGUCGCCGAGGAGGAGGACAAGGCAGGGCAGAGAGGGAGGGAGGAAGAGGAGGAGGAGCGGGAUGCGGCGGGCAAGGCCGCCGCCGGUCCCGGUCCCGAUGACGCCGGGGGACGCUGGGCCGGAGGUGAAGUACCGCGGGGUGAGGCGGCGCCCGUCGGGGCGGUACGCGGCCGAGAUCCGGGACCCGGCCAGGAAGACCCCGAUCUGGCUCGGCACCUUCGAGUCGGCCGAGGCCGCGGCCCACGCCUACGACGCGGCCGCCAGGACCAUCCGCGGCGCCGCCGCCAGGACCAACUUCCCCUCCGCCUCCAUCUCAGCCACGGUGGCGCCGCCAGCCGCCCCCGCCGCGACGUCUAGCCACAGCAGCACCGUCGAGUCCUGGAGCGGCGGCAGCGGCGGCGGCGCGCCCGUCGGGAUCCUCCGCGCCCCGGCCGCCGAGGAGGACUGCCGCAGCUACUGCGGCUCCUCCUCGUCGGCGCUCUGCGAGGACGGCGCGUCGGGCCCGGGCUGUGGCGACGAGACCGCCGCGCCGCCGCGGUGCUCCCCGCUUCCGUUCGACCUGAACGUGCCGGACCCCGCGGCCGACGAGAUGGACUGGCGCUGCGACACGCUGCUGCACCUGUAGCCGCGAACGCGAAGCGAGCACUCAGCAAAACUGCUGCUAUCGUGCUAUGUCUCCAUAGAAAUUGAUAGCUUAAAUUUUUUCUCUCCACCGCUUCUUUAGUCCCACUCUCUCUCUUUUACCACUGCCAAGAUUCGGUAAUACUUAUUUGUGAUAGUGUGAAUAACUGAUCAUGUAAUCCGUGGAGGGAACCUGUUCGUUCUGUUCUCGCAAACCUUCCUGCUUCCUGCUGUGUAGUGUAUCUGUAACAGCACCAUGUAUGUGACCACGGCCUCUUGUCUUGCUGUAAUUCUCAAGAUGAUGGAAUCAAGAGACGCCUUUGGUUCUUUUUA